GGGUGCUAUAUCGUACACGUUGACAACUUAUUUCGUCCAACUCGAAUAACCAACGCUUUCCUUUCAAGAUGCUCUGGCCCCUACUUGCUUUCUUUCUCUUGCCCUUAUCCGUAGCGGCCAAAAAGUCAGCCCAUGAACAGCUGGUUGACCUAGCAGCUGCUGGAAAUGGUCUCAUACGGCUCAACGAACAGACUUAUGACUUGCUUACCUCCUCAAAGCGUGACUGGUCGGCUGCCGUCCAAUUUACUGCGCUCAAUCCCCAGCGGCGUUGUGCUCCUUGCAAAGAAUUUGACCCAUCUUACACUGCUGUAGCCAAAGCAUGGGCAGCCGCUCCGAAAGAAAAGCGAGACCAGCAUUUCUUUGCUACCCUUGACUUUGAUGACGGGUACGCCGUCUUCCAAAAGCUUAGCAUGGCUUCCGCGCCAGGCGUUCACGUGUAUCCCGCGACUGAAGGACCAAACGCGUCUGCAAAGAAGGCCCCCUUCAAAUAUGAAUUCCAGCAUGGUUUCGAAGCUGGACCUCUGGCCGAGCAACUCUCUGCGCACACCCCCAUCCCUAUCCCGUACAAGGCUCCCUUGGACUGGGCACGCUUGGGCAGCAUUGCUUCACUCGUCCCAAUCGUUACCCUUAUCUAUCGCUUCAUCAAACCGGCGCUGACAAACCGCUGGGUCUGGGCCGCCGGCACUGUCUCUACCUCUCUGGUCAUGACCUCUGGCUACAUGUUCACUCGCAUCAGAGGUGCCCCCUACGUUGGCCAAAAUGGCGCUUGGAUCGCUCAAGGCUACCAAAAUCAGUUUGGACAAGAAGUUCAGGUUAUCGCCAUGGUUUAUGGAAUCUUGGCUGGCUCUUUCUUGAUGUUGAUCAUCGUCACACCGCGUCAAUUGUCGCCCGGCCGUCAGAGAACCCAGGUAUACCUCUGGACUGCAGUAAACUUCCUCGUUUUCAGCAUUUUGGUAUCGUUGUUCCGCGUCAAAAACCCAGGCUAUCCUUUCAAGCUCAUUCUAUAGAAUAAUGUAGUCCGUCUUGCAAUGGUAGCCAUGACAUGCAUUUGAAUUAUAAAAAGCAAAUAAAAAUGUACAUGCAUC